AAAAAGAAAAAAAGAGGGAAAAUCCAUUCGCGCUUGCUCUAGCUGCUUUCUACUCAUUCUUCAGUCACUCUAGUACGCCCUUUCCCUUCUCCUUCUCCUUCUCCUUCCUGCCUGCGUUGGACGCAAAUUUCAAAAGAUUGAGACAUCGUUUCUCUCUUCUCGAUGGCCACCGAGGAAUCGACCUCUCAUUUCUGGAAUCUAGGGGUUUUGGAUGCUGUAACGGCUGAUUCCUUACAAGAGAUCGUAGAUUGCUACAACGGGUUCUGUGUCGUCGUGCAAACUCUUCUCACUGGUGCCGGUGACCUCUCUGUUGGCUCCGAGUUUGUUGCUCUCGUUCAUGGCCUCAUCAAACGUGGAUUAGAAUCGCUGGUUCGGGAUCACUUUCUUCAAGUGCUUGAGGAAACAUUUGAGAGAAAUGGAGCAUCGAAAUUUUGGAGACAUUUUGAUGGUUACAGUAAUUUUGUGGAUUUGAAGAAGAAUAAUGAACUUGAUAUUAAUGAGGACGAGAUUCAGCAAGAUUUGUGUAACGCUUUGGAAGAAAUCUCUUUGGAGAAGCAGUAUCAGGAGAAGUGCUUAUUAAUGUUGGUGCAUGCUUUACAAGCUUAUAAGGAUAGGAUAUCAGGGGAACUACAUGAUUUUGAAGCAGAAAGAGAUUAUUUUGUCUCAAAAUAUCAAUUUAUUGUCUCCUCUGUUCUUAUGGCUUCACUUCCUCGUCAUUUUCCUGUGAUACUUCACUGGUAUUUUAAAAGAAGACUAGAGGAGUUAAGUACAAUCAUGGAUGAAGAGUGUAAUGAUGAUGCAUCUCAGAGUAAGGAUGACAUGGAUUUAGAUGAAAAAGGCAAAGUCUGUACUAAGGUUGGUGCAAUGGAUGUUGAUGAUUGUUACAAGCACAGUAGGUUCUUGGAAAACAGUAGAUUGGUGAAGAACACUGGGAAGGUUGUUCUUGAUCUUAGAAGUCUUGGAUUUACUUCUAUGGCUGAAGAUGCUUAUGCUUCAGCUAUCUUCUUACUACUAAAAGCAAAAGUACAUGAUUUUGCUGGUGAUGAUUUUAGGAGUUCUGUUUUGCAAUCAAUUAAAAGUUGGAUCCAGACUGUUCCUCUGCAGUUUCUGCAUGCCCUUCUUGUCUAUCUUGGUGAUUCUAUUAGUUACGAGAGUACUUCUUCAGGUGUUAAAUCACCUUUAGCACCACAGCCAGCUUCAUUCUGUCCUGGGAUUGAUGCUCCAUCUGAAGGGCUUGUUAGAUGGAAGUUAAGGCUGGAAUAUUUUGCUUAUGAAACACUACAAGAUUUAAGAAUAGCAAAACUGUUUGAAAUAAUUGUUGAUUAUCCCGAGAGCUCCCCUGCAAUUGAAGACUUAAAAUUGUGUCUUGAAUACACUGGGCAACAUGCAAAGUUGGUGGAUUCAUUUAUUUCAGCACUACGUUUUCGCUUGCUUACUGCAGGCGCUUCAACCAAUGAUAUUUUGCAUCAAUAUGUUUCGACUAUUAAGGCCCUAAGGAUAAUAGAUCCUGCGGGUGUUUUUCUUGAGGCAGUUGGUGAGCCAAUAAGGGACUAUUUAAGAGGAAGGAAAGAUACCAUAAAAUAUAUAGUGACUAUGCUUACUGAUGGGACUAGUGGAAAUUCAAGUGCAUCUGGAAAUCCGGGAGAUAGUCUUCUUGAAGAGUUGAACAGAGAUGAAGAAAUGCAAGAGAAUGUUGGCACUGAUGAUGACUUCAACACUGAUGACAGGCAAGCUUGGAUCAAUGCCACACGCUGGCAGCCUGACCCUGUGGAAGCAGAUCCAUUAAAGGGUAGCAGGAACCAGAGGAAAGUUGACAUACUUGGGAUGAUUGUAGGCAUAAUUGGUUCUAAAGACCAACUAGUUAAUGAAUAUCGAACUAUGCUUGCAGAAAAGCUUUUAAACAAAUCUGAUUAUGAUAUUGACUCCGAGAUACGUACUCUGGAGCUCCUUAAGAUUCAAUUUGGAGAGAGCAGCCUACAGAAAUGUGAGAUAAUGCUCAAUGAUUUGAUAGACUCAAAGAGAACCAAUACCAACAUCAAAGCUACCAUUAGUCAGCCAUCUCAGACAAUUCUCUCAGGUUCUGAGAUGGGAGACAAUCCAAUACCCAUGGAUGUUGUUUCAGCCACUAUUAUAUCUUCAAACUUCUGGCCUCCAAUACAGGAUGAACCUGUUAACCUGCCCGGACCUGUUGACCUGCUCCUUUCUGACUAUGCAAAUAGAUUUCAUGAAAUCAAAACCCCCCGUAAGCUACAGUGGAAGAAAAGUCUUGGUACUGUCAAGCUGGAAUUGCAGUUCGAAGAUAGGGCAAUGCAAUUCACUGUAGCUCCUGUUCAUGCAUCUAUUGUCAUGAAAUUUCAAGAUCAAACGAGUUGGACGUCCAAGAACCUUUCAUCUGCUAUUGGAGUCCCAGUGGAUGUAUUAAAUCGGAGGAUAAAUUUCUGGAUAAGCAAGGGUGUCAUCACAGAGUCUCCGGGGGCUGACUCCUUGGACCAUGUAUACACCCUUGUGGAAAAAAUGGCUGACACGAGUAAGAAUGGAGGCAGUAGUGGUAGUUCCCAAGAGCUUCUAGGAGUUGAUGAAGAGGAAGGGAGAUCUGUGGCCUCAGUGGAGAAUCAACUUCGUAAGGAAAUGACAGUGUAUGAGAAAUUUAUCAUGGGCAUGCUCACGAACUUUGGUAGCAUGGCAUUAGAUCGAAUUCACAAUACUCUUAAGAUGUUCUGCAUUGCUGAUCCACCUUAUGACAAGUCACUCCAGCAACUACAAAGCUUUUUAUCUGGUCUAGUCUCUGAAGAGAAGUUAGAACUUAGAGAUGGAAUGUAUUUUCUGAAGAAGUAAUGGGCUGAUUGAAUUGCAAUCAACCUUUAUGUCAGAAGCUUUAAAGCAAAUGGUUAGAUUGCAUCGAUUGAAUGACACAUGAAGAAUUGGGGCACGCCAAAAGUUUUACCUCAAAGCUGUGAAAUGAUAGCAAAACAUUGUCAUGAUCUGUGUAAUGUGUCACAGUGCAAGGCACAAAAGGGAACUGGCCGUGAUGCAAGUUCUAGGAAGGGAAUGGAGAAUUGAAAAAUGAAGGAAAAAAAAAAAAAGAAAAGUAAGAGAAUGUAGAUGAAGGGAGAUCAUCUUGCAUGAAGGGAGAUUCGUUCCUCUCUUCCUAGCAUCUUCGUCAGCAUAACGGAGGAGCUAAAAUGCAUCAUUCAAGCCAUGUGCAAUGCUGCAAAGAGAUGCUUUCAAAGCAAAGGACUCUAUGUUCUACCCUGGAGGAAAAAAUGAUACAUGCAGAACAAGUGGUUUGCGCUGUAUCACCAAACCAUAAACCUGAUUCAGGGAAAGCUAGUUCUGGUCGUCGUUCCUGCCAUGACCAGACAAUGGAGGAGACAAGGACGAGAGACGAUGGAGAAACAAAUGAGAUGAGAGAGAUGAGUUAGCUCUCAAUCAGAAGAGAUGAGUGAUAGAACACUAGAAUCGAGGGUAUCAUGGUCAAAUAUAAGCACACAAAAUUAGAUGAUCCACAUUCAUGUUUGACAAGCAACCGGAUGUAGCUUUGGAAAAUUCACAUUCAACCCAUCUCCAAAUGUACUUUCUCAAAGUGCUUUUGUCCGUAAAAAAUUCCUCCAAACACUAUUUCACAUCCCAAAAGAUAAAAAGUUAUUUUGGGAUGUGGAAUGUUGGUUUUCCAAACGAUCCCUCUCAGUUGAUAAUAAGCCCCCCUUCAGUCC